CCGUUGUGAGAACCUUCACUCCUUUCCACUUUCUGGUGGAGCCGAUGGACGCUCUGUCAGUCCGCGGCGCUUCUGUUAUCAUGAACUGCUCAGCCUAUUGCGAAACUUCGCCAAAAAUUGAAUGGAAAAAAGAUGGGACUUUUCUCAACUUGGCGUCCGAUGACCGGCGCCAGUUGCUACCAGAUGGAUCUUUAUUAAUAAACAGUGUGGUGCAUUCCAAACAUAAUAAACCCGAUGAAGGAUAUUAUCAGUGUGUGGCAACCGUGGAUAGCCUGGGGACCAUCGUAAGCAGAACAGCAAAGCUCACAGUAGCGGGUCUUCCCAGGUUCACCAGUCAGCCAGAAUCAUCAUCUGUCUACAGAGGAAGCAGUGCAAUCCUUAACUGUGAAGUCAAUGUUGACCUUGCACCAUUCGUGAGGUGGGAGCAGGACCGUCAGCCAGUCUUUCUGGAUGAUCGUGUGUUUAAAUUACCAAGUGGAGCUCUAAUUAUUAGCAAUGCUACUGAUAUGGAUGGAGGACUCUAUCGUUGCAUCAUUGAAAGUGGUGGGACCCCCAAAUACAGCGAAGAGGCCGAGCUCAAAAUUCUUCCAGAUCCAGAGGUGUCGCGGAACUUGAUGUUUCUGAGGCAGCCAACUUCACUUACUAAAGUUACUGGGCAAAGCGCGGUUUUUCCAUGUGUUGCGGUAGGAUUUCCAACACCAUACGUCAGAUGGACAAGAAAUGAAGAAGAGCUUAUCACAGAAGGCUAUGAAAGAUUUCUUUUACUUGCGGGAGGGAGCCUGGAGAUCCGCGAGGUUACGGCGGGUGAUGCUGGGACGUAUUCCUGCGUAGCCGACAACGGGAACGAGACGAUCGAAGCUCAGGCAGAGCUUACGGUUCAAGUUCCUCCUGAGUUUCUGAAGCGGCCUGCAAAUAUAUAUGCGCACGAAUCUAUGGACAUUGUGUUUGAGUGUGAGGUGACAGGAAAACCUACUCCAACGGUGAAAUGGGUCAAGAAUGGCGACAUGGUGAUCCCAAGCGACUACUUCAAAAUUGUUAAAGAACAUAAUCUGCAAGUUUUGGGUCUGGUGAAAUCAGAUGAGGGAUUCUAUCAGUGCAUUGCAGAAAAUGAUGUUGGAAAUGCACAGGCUGGAGCCCAGCUGAUAAUACUUGACCUUGAUGUUGCCAUCCCAACAUUACCUCCCACUUCACUGACCAGUGCCACUAAUGACCAUCUAGCACCAGCAACAACUGGACCAUUGCCUUCAGCCCCUCGAGAUGUUGUGGCCACCCUCGUCUCCACUCGCUUCAUCAGACUGACGUGGCGGACGCCUGUAUCAGACCCACAAGGAGACAACCUCACCUAUUCAAUCUUCUACACCAAGGAAGGUAUAAGCAGGGAACGUGUCGAAAAUACAAGUCGUCCGGGAGAGAUGCAAGUGACGAUCCAAAACCUGAUGCCAGAAACAGUUUAUGUCUUUAGAGUUGUGGCUCAAAAUAAACAUGGCCCCGGCGAGAGCUCAGUACCCCUGAAGGUGGCAACUCAGCCUGAGGUUCAGCUUCCUGGUCCAGCACCCAAUAUUCGAGCGUAUGCCAGUUCACCCACUUCAGUUACCGUGACAUGGGAAACGCCGUUGUCUGGCAAUGGAGAAAUCCAGAACUACAAGCUCUAUUACAUGGAGAAGGGACAGGACAAUGAACAGGAUGUUGAUGUAGGAGGCCUCUCCUAUACCAUUAAUGGGCUGAAGAAAUACACAGAGUAUAGUUUCCGAGUGGUAGCCUACAAUAAACAUGGCCCUGGAGUCUCUACCCAAGAUGUUGUUGUACGAACACUGUCAGACGUCCCCAGCGCCCCACCACAGAAUCUAACCCUGGAGGUUCGGAAUUCCAAGAGCAUCAUGCUACAGUGGCAGCCUCCGCCUCUAGGAACACACAGCGGACAAAUCACUGGCUACAAAAUUCGCUACCGUAAAGUGUCCCGUAAGAGCGAUGUAACGGAGAGCAUUGGUGGGACACAGCUGUUUCAGCUAAUUGAAGGUCUCGAACGAGGCACAGAAUACAGCUUCCGCGUAGCUGCCUUGACUGUUAACGGCACUGGACCGGCUACUGACUGGGUAUCGGCAGAAACGUUUGAGAGUGAUCUAGAUGAAACUCGUGUUCCUGAAGUGCCAAGUUCCUUGCAUGUCCGCCCACUUGUCACCAGUAUUGUAGUAAGCUGGACUCCGCCUGAAAACCAGAACAUUGUGGUAAGAGGCUAUGCUAUAGGGUAUGGCAUUGGCAGUCCCCACGCACAGACCAUCAAGGUGGACUACAAACAGAGAUAUUACACCAUUGAGAACUUAGACCCAAGCUCCCACUACGUCAUAACUCUGAAAGCAUUUAACAACGUCGGUGAAGGAAUCCCUCUCUACGAGAGCGCAGUGACUCGGCCUCAUUCAGUGCCAGAUCCAUCUCCCAUGAUGCCACCGGUGGGAGUUCAGGCUUCCAUUCUGAGUCAUGACACCAUCAGGAUCACUUGGGCAGACAACUCUCUGCCAAAGAACCAGAAGAUCACAGAUGCUCGCUACUACACAGUUCGCUGGAAAACCAAUAUUCCCGCAAAUACAAAGUACAAGACUGCAAACGCAACCACUUUGAGCUAUUUAGUGACCGGGUUAAAACCAAAUACCUUGUAUGAAUUCUCUGUGAUGGUGACUAAAGGUCGAAGAUCGAGUACUUGGAGUAUGACAGCACACGGAACAACUUUCGAAUUAGUUCCUACUUCUCCUCCUAAAGAUGUGACUGUGGUGAGCAAAGAGGGAAAACCUCGGACAAUAAUUGUUAACUGGCAGCCUCCAUCUGAAGCCAAUGGGAAAAUUACAGGAUACAUCAUUUACUACAGUACAGAUGUGAAUGCUGAAAUACACGACUGGGUUAUUGAACCCGUCGUGGGAAACAGACUGACCCAUCAGAUACAAGAAUUAACCCUCGAUACACCCUAUUAUUUCAAAAUUCAGGCUCGCAACUCCAAGGGCAUGGGGCCUAUGUCUGAGGCAGUUCAGUUCAGAACCCCAAAAGCUGAAUCCUCAGAUAAAAUGCCUAAUGAUCAAGCUUCAGGAUCUGCAGGAAAAGGAAGCCGGCCAGUGGACAUAGGGCCAGAUUACAAACCGCCGCUUGGUGGCAGUAACAGUCCCCACGGAAGUCCUACUUCUCCCUUGGAUAGCAACAUGCUUCUUGUAAUCAUAGUAUCUGUUGGAGUGAUUACCAUCGUGAUAGUGGUGAUAGUUGCAGUCUUCUGCACUCGUCGUACUACUUCUCACCAGAAGAAGAAACGAGCUGCCUGCAAAUCAGUGAAUGGGUCCCAUAAGUACAAAGGAAACUCCAAAGAUGUCAAGCCUCCUGACCUUUGGAUCCAUCACGAACGACUGGAGCUAAAACCCAUUGAUAAAUCUCCAGAUCCCAAUCCAAUCAUGACAGAUACCCCAAUCCCUCGCAACUCCCAGGACAUCACCCCCGUUGACAAUUCCAUGGAUAGCAAUAUCCAUCAAAGGCGGAAUUCCUACAGAGGGCACGAGUCAGAGGAUAGCAUGUCCACACUGGCAGGAAGAAGGGGGAUGAGGCCCAAGAUGAUGAUGCCUUUUGAUUCUCAGCCACCUCAGCCUGUGAUUAGUGCUCAUCCCAUCCAUUCACUCGAUAACCCUCACCAUCAUUUCCACUCCGGCAGCCUCGCUUCUCCAACCCGCAGCUAUCUCCAUCACCAGGUCAACCCGUGGCCGAUUGGCACAUCCUUGUCCCAUUCAGACAGGGCCAAUUCCACAGAAUCUGUUCGAAAUACACCUAGCACAGACACCAUGCCAGCUUCCUCGUCUCAGACGUGCGCUGACCAUCAGGAGGCAGAAAGCGCCACAGGAGCUUAUCUGGCGAACGCUCAAGAGGAGGACUCGGCUCAGAACCUCCCUACCGCACACGUCCGUCCUUCUCACCCGCUGAAGAGCUUCGCAGUGCCCGCAGUCCCACCAGCUGGUCCCACGUAUGAUCCCGCGUUGCCAAGCACACCGUUACUGACUCAGCAAGCUCCUAACCAUCCAGUUCACUCGGUGAAGACUGCGUCGAUUGGGACUUUAGGAAGAACUCGACCUCCUAUGCCAGUGGUAGUUCCUAGUGCCCCUGACGUGCAGGAGACCACCAGGAUGCUCGAGGACUCGGAAAGCAGUUAUGAACCAGAUGAGCUGACCAAAGAGAUGGCCCACCUGGAAGGACUUAUGAAGGACCUUAAUGCCAUCACGACAGCAUGACCACCUUCACCAGGACAUGACUCCAAAUCCAGUUUCACAAGUCUUGGGACUCAGCCUUGAAACACAAGGAAUUGUACAGAAAAAAAAAACCAAACAAACAAAAAAAAGAGGGACAGCACAUGAGAGCAUACACAGAAAGCAACCGAACCAACCAGUGCAUUUGUGCUACAGCUGGUCAGAGAGAUGACCCUUCUUGUCAUCAUCCUGCAAUGAAGUCAUUGCCAAGUUGAAUUCUGUUUACCUGCUGAGACCGUGCAGGAUGGGACGCAUCAGGCUGAAAUCUAGCAUCCAGACAGAAGGAAGAAAAGUGGACUCUUUUUUUUUUUUUUUUUUUUCUGGUCAGGUUUUGUCUCAGUGGUGUGAUUGCCCUGCCUUUUCAGUGUUGGACAUUCGCAUUUAUGUACAAUUUUAUUUGUGUUUUUAUUUUAUCUUUUUUUAUAAAAAGGAAAAAAAUAUUGUAAUCAAAAAAAAAGAAACUGUUGUUUUCCACAGCCUAGACUGACGUUUGACUGCUUGUUCUAUUGUGUAUGAAAAUUCAUUGCCAGCGUGGGUUGUUCUGUUUUUUUAUUCUGCGUAUAAUUACGUCCCCUUCUGGCAGUUAAUCCAUGGCCUUUUGGGAUGCUGCACUGCUAUUUGUAAGCUUUUUUUAUUAUUUUUAUAUUAUAAUUAUUAAAAGCCUGACUUUCUCCUCUCAUCACUGUGAGAUUACCAGUCUGUUUGAAUUGAAAUGUAAUUUGAAAGGCUUGUUUGUCGCUUUUUGUGCCGUUUCAAUAUUUUGAGGGGGAAAAAGUAGAUGGGGAAGGGGAGGGGAGCCAGGGGGAGGUUUCGUUAUUGUUGUUUUCUUGUCUUUCUAUACUGACUUGAAAGACUGAAGAAAAUGAGAGCAUCUUCUGUAACGUCUUUCCUUGUCACUUCAGCAUACUGUGUCUCUGGUUACUGAAUUGCAGCGAGAGUCUCAUUUAGAAAUGUCACAAAAAAAAAAAAAAUUUCCCUCUGUAAAGUCGGGUUCCUUAUGUUUAGCUGCCACUACAGCUUAGUUUGGCAACACUGCUCUGUUUUGUUGUUGUUUAAGGAUCACAUCGUGAAACUUUAAGGGGCAAAGCGAGCGCUCGUUCGGCGCGGAGAACUUAUCACAGGCAGCAGCGCGCAGCACUUCUCUGCCGGUGGUGCCGAGGGCUGAGCUACCCGCAACAGCCGG